CGAGCCCGGAGCGGCGGCGCCGAGCGACAGGCAGCAGCCGCGGCCGCGCCCUUGCCCGAGCCGGUGCGCCCAGCCCCGCUCCGCCCGCGCCCGCCGGGGCUGCCGAGGAUGGAGGAUUCCCCGGAGACGUCGCCGUCCUCCAACAACUCCUCGGAGGAGCUCAGCUCUGCCCUGCAGCUGUCCAAGGGCAUGUCGAUCUUCCUCGACAUACUGAGGAGAGCAGACAAAAAUGAUGAUGGAAAAUUAUCCUUUGAAGAAUUCAAAGCGUAUUUUGCAGAUGGUGUUCUCAGUGGAGAAGAAUUACACGAGCUCUUCCAUACCAUCGAUACGCAUAAUACUAACAAUCUUGACACAGAAGAACUAUGUGAAUAUUUUUCUCAGCACUUGGGCGAGUAUGAGAAUGUCCUAGCAGCACUUGAAGACCUAAAUCUUUCCAUCCUGAAGGCAAUGGGCAAAACAAAGAAAGACUACCAAGAAGCCUCCAAUUUGGAACAAUUUGUAACUCGAUUUUUGUUGAAGGAGACCUUGAAUCAGCUGCAAUCUCUCCAGAAUUCCCUGGAAUGUGCCAUGGAAACUACUGAGGAGCAAACCCGUCAAGAAAGGCAAGGGCCGACCAAGCCAGAAGUCCUGUCGAUUCAAUGGCCUGGGAAGCGAUCGAGCCGCAGGGUCCAGAGACACAACAGCUUUUCUCCUAACAGCCCUCAGUUUAAUGUCAGCGGUCCAGGCUUAUUAGAAGAAGACAACCAGUGGAUGACCCAGAUAAAUAGACUCCAGAAGUUAAUUGAUAGACUGGAAAAGAAGGAUCUCAAACUUGAACCAUUGGAAGAAGAAGUUAUUGAAGGGAAUACUAAAUCUCACAUCAUGCUUGUGCAGCGCCAGAUGUCUGUGAUAGAAGAGGAUUUGGAAGAAUUCCAACUUGCUCUGAAGCACUACGUGGAAAGCGCUUCCUCCCAAAGUGGAUGCUUGCGUAUUUCUAUACAGAAGCUUUCGAAUGAAUCUCGCUACAUGAUUUAUGAGUUCUGGGAAAAUAGUAGUGUGUGGAAUAGCCACCUUCAGACAAAUUAUAGCAAGACAUUCCAAAGAAGUAACGUGGACUUCUUGGAAACUCCAGAACUCACAUCCACCAUGCUAGUUCCUGCUUCAUGGUGGAUCCUGAACAACAACUAGAUGUUACUAGACACUUUCUUAUGGUUACAAGUGUAAAACAAGUGUUCUUACCUAAAAUGUCAAUUAGAAUAUUCUCUGUGGUUGUUAAUCUACUGUAUACUUUCGUUUAAUAUAUUUGCUCUAAGUGCACUCUUUUAAAAUGUAUUCUAUAACUUUAUCAUUCAUGUGAAUUUUAGCUAAAUUUUCCAAGUUCAGUAUUCUCAAUAUUUGAUGCUAAAUGCUUUGCUACAUUGUAACCACUUAAAACCAUUUAGUGACAAAAUCCUAAUAUGUGAGAAAAAGCAUAUACAUAAAGGAAUGAUAUUGUGAAAAAGCAUAUCAAGUCUUUGGGAACUUCUAGAGCAUUACUUCAUAGGACAGAUUUUUAGACUGUUACAUACUAUACAAAGGGUUAAAUCAGCGUUUUGUGAUUUUUAAGUAACAGAUUUUCUGUGAGUGAAGCUUAUUCUUCAAUAAUGUCUACUUCAUCCCCAACUCAUGGUCCUGUGACUAGUUUCUUUACAUUACCUAAAAAGUUAGUACAUAGGCACAAAACAACCUUGUAACCUAUAGAAUCUUUAUCCAUCUGUCAGAUUAUAAACUGGUUUUUCACAAGUGAACAAUUCUGUGAUAAGUUACAGUACCAUUUAAUAAUGUAUCAUUUAUUAUAUAAUGGUGAUAUAGCACCACUGUAUCAUUUAUUAGCAUCUUAAUUCCCUGUAUGUAAGUUAAACAUAUC